AUGCCUGGAUCCGGCGACUUUCAAGUAAUCUACCAGCAAAUCCUGCGGCAGAAUCAAGCGAUGGCGGAGCAAAACACCCGGCUGAUGGAGAUGAUGGAACGUUUCGGCUAUCAAGAAAACAUUUCCAAUCGGUCGGUGGGCAGCCCGGAGUUCAUCAUCGAAUCUCCAACCUCCAACAUCCGGGAGUUCGUCUACGAUCCAGACAACGGGCUCGUUUUCGACCGUUGGUACCGGAAGUACGAAGACCUUUUCCUCAAUAACGGAGCGAAGUUGGACGAUGCGGCGAAAGUGCGGUUGCUGUUGAGAAGCCUCAGCGUGAUGGUGCACGACAAGUACGUCAACUUCGUGCUCCCAAAACACCCCUUUGGACACCGCGUCCAACAUCACCAUCGUUUCAAAGAAGCAGUGGAAGAAGAACCUGGGCUCGCCACGCUGAUUCCCACAACACGGACUACCCGGACUGCGUCGGGUGACGCUUUUCAUCUACUUGGUGAACUCCGAUACCCAAUCAAACUCGGAGGUGUCACCAAAACCGCAACUUUCUACGUGACCAACAACAGCAUUAACCUGAUCGGUCUGGACUGGAUCGAGCUGUUCAAGUUGUGGGACACCCCGCUAUCUGCAAUCUGCAACCAGGUCCACGUUGCCGAUGGUCAAGUCAAUCAAAUCCAAGUGUACAAAGCUGCGUAUUCCGAAGUGUUCAAGAACGGCCUCGGACACUGCAAGAAGACGAAGGUCCGACUCUAUCUCAAGCCCGAUGCCAAACCCGUUUUCAAGCCGAAGCGCCCAGUUCCUUUCACGUCCAUGGAGAAGAUCGAUGCGGAGCUGGACCGACUUCAAUCGCUGGGCAUCAUCACGCCUGUCGAUUUCUCGCAGUGGGCGGCUCCGAUCGUCGUAGUGAAGAAGCCCAGAGGAAAAGUACGAAUCUGUGCCGAUUACUCAACUGGACUGAACGCUGCCCUGGAGCCCAACCAUUACCCGCUACCGGUCCCUGAUGACAUCUUUACCAAGCUCAAUGGGUGCCGGUAUUUCAGCGUCAUCGACCUGAGUGACGCCUAUCUUCAAGUGGAAGUUGACGACGACUCGAAGCAGCUGCUCACAAUCAACACGCAUCGAGGUCUCUUCCGCUUCAACCGAGCCGCACCAGGAGUAAAAUCCGCUCCCGAAGCCUUCCAGCAGUUGAUGAACAGCAUGGUUGCCGAUCUCGAAGGUGUGGACACGUUUCUGGACGACAUCUUCGUGGCCAGCAAAACCGAAGAGGAGCACCACAAGAUGCUCAACGCACUGUUUCAACGCCUUCAAGCCUACGGUUUCGUUCUGAGGGAAGAAAAGUGCAACAUUCUGCAGCCGGAGGUAAAGUAUUUGGCGCACAUCGUAGACGAGAACGGUCUCCGUCCAGACCCAUCCAAGGUGAAAGCCAUUGUCAAGAUGCCACCGCCCAAAGAUGUCACAACCAGCGAUGUUAGAAAAUCGCUUCUAGCGACCAACGAACAUGUACACAGCUUAUGUGAGAUCUAUUAG